CGGUCAGCGGUCGCCGCCGCUCCCCGGGCCUCGGCAGGUGGCGGUGGGGUCACCUUCGGGGUUCUUACAGGGAACCAGCGCCGUCCCGGCUGCUCCCGCUGGGAACAGGAGAAGCCUAGCUGUAACGUGAGGGACACUUAGGCUCCAAGAGGAAAGGCACAAGCCAGACUGACCCUGCUAAAGCUUCACAAUGAGAAGCAGGAUUCAUCAGUCAUGGCACUACGGGCCUUGAAAUUUGCCUCAUUGACAGCAGCUGCUUCUGGCAUCUAUCUGUAUGGAAACAAGUUCCUGGAUCCUAAUGAUUUUGGAGUUGUUCGUGUGGGCCGAGCCAUUGCCACAACGGCAGUUAUCACCUAUGACUACCUCACCUCUCUUCGGAGUGUCCCCUACGGAUCAGAGGAGUAUGAAUUCCUCAAAUCACAGGUGCACCUGCGCUCUGCUGAGCGCCUCCGGGAGCUGUGCUGCUCCAACCGAGGCACCUUCAUCAAGGUGGGACAGCACCUGGGAGCGCUGGACUACCUCCUACCUGAGGAGUACACCCGCACCCUCAAGGUGCUGCAUAGCCAGGCCCCGCAGAGCACCAGGCAGGAGAUUGAGCAAGUUAUCCGUGAGGAUCUGGGCAAAGAGAUAAAAGAGCUCUUUAUGAGUUUUGAGGACACUCCCUUGGGAGCAGCAUCACUAGCCCAGGUACACAAAGCAGUGCUGCAGGAUGGGAGAACGGUGGCAGUGAAAAUCCAGCACCCCAAGGUCCAAGCUCAGAGCUCCAAGGAUAUUUUGCUCAUGGAGGUUCUCCUCUUGGUUGUGAAGCAGAUUUUUCCAGAUUUUGAGUUCAUGUGGCUGGUGGAAGAAGCGAAGAAAAAUCUGCCCUUGGAGCUGGAUUUCCUCAAUGAAGGCAGAAAUGCUGAGAAGGUUGCUCAUAUGCUCAAAAACUUUGACUUCCUGAGGGUCCCCAGGAUCUACUGGGAGCUCUCCACAAGGCGUGUUCUUCUCAUGGAGUUUAUGGAAGGGGGACAAGUGAAUGACAGGGCCUAUAUGGAGAGGAAUGGCAUCAAUGUUAAUGAGAUCUCUCGCAACUUGGGGAAACUCUACAGUGAAAUGAUCUUUGUGAAUGGCUUUGUGCACUGUGACCCACACCCAGGCAAUGUGUUAGUGAAGAAGUGCCCAGCUUCUGGCAAAGCUCACAUUAUCCUCCUGGAUCAUGGGCUCUACCAGGUGCUGAGCGAAUCAUUCCGCAUGGACUACUGCCGCCUUUGGCAGGCCCUCAUCAAGGCUGAUAUGAAGAGGGUGCAGAAGUACAGCCAGCGGCUUGGGGCAGGGGAUUUGUAUCCUCUCUUUGCCUGCAUGCUGACUGCCAGAUCUUGGGAGUCUGUCAACAGGGGCAUUGACCAGUCACCAGUCUCUGCCAGCGAGGACAUGGAGAUCCGGUCCAACGCUGCUGCUUACUUGCCCCAGAUCACCCAGCUCCUCAACAGUGUUCCCCGCCAGAUGCUGCUUCUGCUGAAGACCAACGACUUGUUAAGGGGCAUUGAGUCAGCCCUGCACACGCGGGCCAGUGCCAGCUCUUUCCUCAACAUGUCUCGCUGCUGCAUCAGAGCUGUUUCCACGUACCAGAGGAGCAAGAGUCACUCACUUUACAGGAGGGCCCAGAUCUCACUCACAGAAGCCCUAAGCCUGUGGCAGAUCAACUUGUAUGAACUCUUUCUGUGGCUGAAGGGGUCCCAGCUGGGGAACUGGGUCAUUGCUCUCCUGAGACGGAUGCAACAUUUCACGUACUGACAUGGACUGGUGGGAGAGGCCUGGGUGCUCCCUCCCUCCCUUCUGUUCUCCAUGGCACAUUUGUCUUUCUGACUAUUUCUGUCUAUUUUUGGGUCGUACUCCACGUUACACGCUGCACUGUCCUUUUCUUUUACAGCAUUAACUUCCUCUGUGGCACAGAGAGGUUGAGUUGGUACCAGAGCCCUAUUAUUUUGUGGUUUAGGAAAAGUAGGUGUGUGAUACCUUGUGCCAGGAAAGACAGGAAAGGAUACUGUCUUUUCUCAUUUGUGCAGGUUAAGUUCCACUCAGAUUCUAGUGGGAUUGUGCUGGAAGCAAAUGCCUCUUCAACUCUUUCUUAAACAAUCUUAAAGAAUUUAAGAGAAUCCCAGCCCUACCUAGAAUGCCCCAAAACAUUUCUCAGACCCUCAGAGGUGGUAAGUUCCUUUAAAAUGCAUUAGUGUUUAUAUUAGUUUGUGCAAUCUCCUUAGUUUGAUUUCUGUUUAGGUGUGCAGAAGGUUUCUCAGAGGAGUGAGACCAUGUGGAAAGCUGUCACUAGGGUUUUCUCUUCCAGCACCAGGGAAAGAGGACUCAAAUGGUGAGAGUGGUGGACUGGGAGUCCAAGUUUCUAAGGUUCAUCUCCAGUCCUGUCAGCAAGUGCCUUUGUUUUUGGACUUCUCCCGGCUUGUUUCUUUGCUGGUAAAAUGGGAGAAGGGGACAGUGAUCUUGCCCCUCUUCUGAAAUUCCAGGAAGGCAGUAGGAAUGACAGCUCAGGGUUCUGAAACUGCUGGUAAUGUAUGUGUACUGUACAAUACUUCCACACAACAAAAUAAAUGUGUUGUAUCGAA